CGUGUGGUGAAGCCGAGGCAGCUGAUUGCGGCUGACGACUCGCUGGGCCCGGGCAAAGGAGUGACCCAGGGACUGAACCGGACGACAGGGGUCAGGAGGUCCUUCCGGAAAGCCCCCGAGCACCCUGUGGACGACAUUGACAAGAUGAAGGAGCGUGCGGCCAUGAACAACUCCUUCAUCUACAUCAAGAUCCCCCAAGUGCCUCUCUGCGUCAGCUACAAGGGCGAGAAGAACAGCGUGGACUGGGGCGACCUGAACCUGGUGCUGCCCUGCCUGGAGUAUCACAACAACACGUGGACCUGGCUGGACUUCGCCAUGGCUGUGAAGCGGGACAGCCGCAAGGCGCUGGUGGCACAGGUAAGGGCCCGGCCCGGCUCACAGGAGCCCCUCGGGGCCCCCGGUGCUUGGGGCACUCUGGAGGCAGCUGUUGGCACUGGGUUAUG